CCGCUCCCCCAAGGGAGCACCGAGAACAGAUUCCGCCCAAACGAAAGCUUGUGUAUCACGCACCGUAGCGCAUUUUAGGAUUCGCUGCUCCACCUCUCUUUCAUCUUUCAGAAGCAGCAGAACUGCGAUUUCUCUCGAUCGCAGGUCUCUUUGCAAGUGAGGAAUCAUCGCUACCGCAUCUUCGGCUUUCAAUCGCGGAGCUUUGAAGUGCGAUCAUCUGGUUUUACGGUAGAUACUCAAGAUGUUUUUUGAAGGAUAUGGUUAUCAUGGAACGUCAUUUGAGCAGACUUACCGUUGCUACCCUGCAUCUUUUAUUGAUAAGCCACAGCUGGAAAGUGGUGAUAAAAUCAUAAUGCCUCCCUCAGCGCUUGACCGCCUUGCAUCUCUGCAUAUUGAUUAUCCAAUGCUAUUUGAGCUCCGCAAUGCUGCCACUGAGCGCGUCUCACAUUGUGGUGUGCUGGAGUUCAUUGCUGAAGAAGGCAUGAUCUACAUGCCAUACUGGAUGAUGGAAAACAUGCUUUUGCAAGAGGGGGAUACAGUGAGGGUGAAAAAUGCCACCCUUCCGAAGGGUACAUACGUGAAACUGCAGCCACACACGAAGGACUUCUUAGAUAUAUCCAAUCCAAAAGCUAUCUUGGAAACAACAUUAAGGAACUUCUCCUGCUUAACCACGGGUGACAGUAUAAUGGUGGCCUAUAACAACAAGAAAUACUACAUAGACAUCAUAGAAACAAAGCCAUCUAGUGCGAUUAGUAUCAUUGAAACGGAUUGUGAAGUGGACUUUGCACCUCCCCUUGAUUAUAAAGAACCUGAAAGACCUCCACCCUCGAUGCUUUCAAGCAAGGCACCAGCUCAAGUUGAAGAGGUGCCAGCUGAGGCUGUACCAAGUUUUAACCCAUUUACUGGCUCUGGAAGACGCUUGGAUGGGAAGCCUUCGAAACAUUCAGAUACACCUGUUGCUUCCUCAACUCCAAAAGACCAACGACCAGAGGCUACCAAUAGUGGGCAGCCGUCAACAGGAUCAACUUCAAAAAGCAAUUCAUUGCGGCAAACUUCAGGAAAGCUUGUUUUUGGUUCGAGCGUAAGCCACACGCCCAAGGAUGCACACAAGGUUGGCACGAAAGAAACCAAGGCAGAGCCUGAGCAGAAAAAUGAGCCCAAGUUCCAAGCGUUCACCGGAAAGAAGUAUUCAUUGAAAGGUUGAUCUCUGCUCAUCUUGUGCACCAACAGGACACUUUUAAGCCAGCAUAGCAUGUGCUUUUGAUUGCAUACAUUGGCCCAACGUACAUUGGCCAUACUCUUCGUCACCUUUCAUGUUGUAUUGAAAGUAUGGAUUAGACACCUUCCCAUCGAUGGUACAAAUGGAUUAGUUUUAUUUAUGAUGGGAGUGGAGCUUUGGCAAAUCUGAAAAUUGAGUUCUUACA